UGGAGUCUUUAGUCUUAUAUUAGAUUUUAGCGUCAAUUUUUAUUUAUUUAUUCUUAUAAUUAUUAUUCUCAUCAUUGAGGACGAUUUGAGUCUGUGCGAGAGAGAAAUAGCUAUGACACUCCUAAGCUCGCACCAAAUCCAGUCUUUGGCUCUCUACCCACUUCGAUUUCUCUCAUUUUCUCGCCAACCAAACAACCCGAAACCAUGUCUCCCUCUCAAAACGAUUCCAAAACCAAUCCAUUUCAGCUUGUUAACCGCUAAAGCCCAACACACCCACCACCAAUCCAAUCCUCAAACGACGACACAAGACGACGGCAUUUCCAUCGACGACGUGAAAACCGUCGCCAGAUUCAAGUCCAGGCACAACUACAUUCGCGUUCUGGAAGUUUCACGAAAAGCUGACCACCCUUUUGCCGGCUCAAGGCUCCUCCUUCUCGACGGCCCUGGAAACAUUCACAGCAUCUCUUUCCGCUCCAAGCUCCUAACCCACACUUACUUCGACGUUUUCGCUACCUUGCCGCCGAUUUUGCCGCCAGGACCCGUCGGAGUUCUUGGGUUCGGGGCGGGCUCGGCGGCACGUUUGAUUCUCAAACUGUAUCCCGAAGUGGUGAUUCGUGGUUGGGAGAUUGAUCCCUCUGUGAUUUCAGUGGGAAGAGAGUAUUUUGACCUUUCGAAGCUAGAGAAAGAGUACCCCGAUAGGCUUUUCAUCUACAUUGGAGAUGCAUUGAAAGCUAGUACUAGAGAUGGGUUCUCUGGGAUUUUGGUUGAUUUGUUUUCGAAGGGUAGUGUCAUCUCCGAGCUUCAAGACCCGAACACUUGGGUAAUACUCAGAAAGUGUUUGAGAAAAGGCGGGAGAGUAAUGGUGAACGUUGGAGGUAGUUGUGUUGAGGCCGAGGAUUCUCGUAGAGAUGGGAAACUAGUAAUGGAGGAAACAUUAAAGGCGAUGAGUCAUGCUUUCGGUGGAAAGCUUUUUGUUUUGAGCCUUGGGAAUAGGGAAGAAGAUAGCUCUCUUGCUCUUACAGGUCCUAUGCCAGAUCUUGAUGCAUGGAAGAAGGCGCUUCCUCGUUCUUUGAUGGGUUAUGUUGAUAUGUGGAAGCCAUAUAACAGCUAAGCUAGGAAGGUUGUUUUUCUUCCUUAAGCAUAAGGAUUGGUGAAAUUCUUGUGGUGGGAGGAGGGGCCAGCUGUAUAACCAAAGAUAUUAAAAAAUUGAUUUUAAUCCAAUGCAGAUAUAGUUUUUUGAACUUGAGCUGACCCCAGUCAUUUGUGUGAUGUAUAGAAUAGUGGUUCAACUUGGAAUUUUUGGAUUAGCUGCCCAGAAUCUUUUCUUGGUUCUUUUGUUGGGGGGCCUUUUAUUUAUGCUUAUUCGUUUUUUUAAUACAUAAUUUAAUUUAUAAACUUACAUUUGUAGCUCCUCUCUAAGGCAAUAAGAAAUACCACCCAUAUACGAUGUGAAAUGUUAGCUUCUGGUAAUUGAAGGAUUUGUAUGGCAGAAUAAUCUGCUUUGUAUCUAAUCCUUCUGUGUAAUUGUGUGAGGCAGUAUUCAUCGUAAAAUGAGAAGUCAAUAAGGUAAUCACUAGCUGUUUUACUGACAGCUUCAAUUAUGAGGUGUGACCAUAAUACCCUUUUCAUGGAAGCAAGUGAAAUUAGGUGUUCGAACUCGAACUAAGUCAACUGAUUUAUUAAAUAUUAUAAAACCGAAGUUAGGCGAUAUAUACUUCCUCGGCUAAAACAUUAAUAAAAUAAGCAUACACCAAAAACCCAACUCUAUAAAUUUGAUUAGAACUUAGUUUGUGUGAUUCUCCUACUUUUUCUUUCUACUGAGAACUCACAUGGUUCCCGAAGUUGUUAUUUGUUGCUGAUACUAAAGAUGAGCGCUUGUCCAACAAAACUCUUUGUGAUAUUUCUUCUCUCCGGCCUAUAUCUGGCUACUUCUGCAUCCCGCCCUUAUGGUGAUGAGAAGAGCUCAUUGGAUGUUCUCAGCCGGAUAGACAGGUUUAGAAUGAUACUAGCAAGACACGAAGGCAACUCCAGAUUUGAAAGUCUGAAAACUUUUGACCACACGAUGGUGCGCUCCUGGAGUCUAGGUUUACGCCGCAUAUUGUCACCACCGCCUUCGCCUUCCAAAAAUAGGCAGUCGGCUAUGCGCGCUGCUGCACCACCUCCUCUAGUUGCUUAGAUAUCUAAAGUGAAAGUUUCGGUUUGGUCUUUGUCCAAGGUUUCUAUUACACACUACUGUAAUUCCAUAUGAGUGCAUUCUUCUUCAAAUGCUAGUAAGUAGUUUGUGGAAAGACUAGUUGACUAGUUCAGUUUUUUAAACUGAUUAGUCCAACGAAUAAGAUCUAAUUCAGUGAAUGUUUAUUUGUUAGACUGGAGUUCUACUGUGUAAGAAAGCCAUGACGUAAUAAAUAGAAUUUGAAGGGUCUCUAGUCAAAAUUGAUUCAAGACCAUCUUAUAAA